AUGGAAUACUUCUACCGGAUAAACGCAGCGGAGCUCACGCCGCUGAAGACGGAGCUGGUGAACUUGGUGUCGUCAUGCUUGAUGAAAGAGCCGCCUUUUGAGGCGACGCGGCCUGGAAAGCUUCCCGCCGCACGCUCCCCGACGGCGGAUGAAGCUGCGGUAGAUGUAGCGCCGACGCCAGAGAACGACGGUGCGUCUACGGUGGCACAGAUGCGUGAGCUGGUGCAUCUCAUCUCCCGCCAAGAUGGCGAGUUUGUGCUAAAACUGGCCCUCUACGUCCGCCAUGAACUGCACCUGCGCCGCUCGCCGAGCUUCCUCGUCGCACUCUGUGCCAGAGAACCGAACUGCAUUCCGUUCCUGCAACCGUACAUGGAGAAGAUCAUCGUGCUUCCGUCUGAUUGGCUGGCGGUCGCUAACUUCGCGUACUUCCACGACUGCGACGCCGCCCACGACUACGCCGGAGCCCUGACGUACUCGGUGAAGACUGAGCGCGAGGCUCACGCGACCACGUCUGCCACCCCAAGUGCUGAGAAGCGCCACCCAAGCUUUAGUGCCACGCGCAGUCCCGAACCUUCGGCCGUCGAAGCGCGCAGCGGCAGAAGUGGCAGCCUCCAAGGCGCAAACCCGCUAGCCAGCAGGAUGGGCGCGAAGGCGAGGUGUGAUCGCCACCAAGGCGCGGCAGCCCGCGACCCGACACGCUCCUACAUCCCCGCGGCACUGCGCAGCGCCCUCGUGAGCUCCUUCGCGAAGUUCUCCGUCUUCUCAAUGGCCAAGUAUGACAACGAGGCGGCAGAGCACCGCGCCAAGCGGCGCCAGAUCAGACGUGACCGCGCGGCCGCGCCGAGCAUGACCGACCCAGAAGAGUCAAGCGCCGCCGGCACCCAGCCUUCCGCGCUGCCGUACCGAGCCCACCCGCAGACCUUUACCUUUAAGCAGCUCAUCCGCAUGCUGCACAUCACCGAACCACCGUACAUUGUGUGCUGCCUCCUGGGCAAGCGCUACCCGACCAACGAGGAUGACUUCCGACGCAUGCGGCUACAUCUCACUGAUCCCACAUGGAAGAAUGCAGCACCGCUGAAGACAGGGGUCACAUCCUCGGCAAAAGGCCUCCACUCCGCGAAAGACACCUACGGCCGUCCUAUCCCUGGCGGUGGCGGCGGUGAGGGCAAGGACGAGGAUGAUAGUCGCCAAGACAAUGCGGAGCUGCCGUUUUGCGUCUUCGACGCGCGCCGCGCCGGACAGCGCAUGCACCUUCCUGUACCAGCGACUUGGGAAACUCAGCUGUCCAAGGAGGGCAACACCGGCCGUGUCUGGGACGCGCUGAUCUCGUCUGACGCCGUUCCAUACAUGGCCCUUCUGCGCAACCUGCGGAACAUACUCACACGUCUGUGCUCGGCCGCGACGCACAAGCGCGUGCUGGAUAAACUAGUCGAUGAGCAGCAAGUCGCCGCCAGCCAGCAGCUGCCCUAUCGCUUCUACAGCGCUUAUCUGGCUGUGCGGCAGGUCGGCGUAUUGCUGGUGCACCUCGACACGCUGCGAGCUAUGACCCGGGAGGCACGCUUCAGAACAGAGGUGGUCUCCGAACGGGGUCGUGGUGGCCGCGGAAGGGGCCGCGCUGCCGUCGCAUCGAAAUCUGCUGCCGCGGCCGGUCGCGAGACGAUGAGGGAGGCGGCCAAGAGCUUUGAACGGCCGUUGGUGCCGCGCGCGUACCUGCGCCGGUACGUGGUGCAGUACUGCGCUGCGCUCGACUCCGCUAUCAACACUUCGGCGCGGCUGAACGUGAUUCCAGUGAAAGGGACGUCCAUCGUUAUUAUCUGCGUUACAUCUGCCUUGUUUGAGCCGAUGUCCGCGAUGGGCGGGACCGUGGCAACACCGGCGUCGAGCCAGCGCAAGGUGGAUGUGACAGCGCUGCUGGUGGCCAUGCUCAUGCGUAGCUGCGAGCAGUGUGUCGUGCUGAUCUACUGCUACGACGAAUACGUUGUAUUUCGGGAGAAGGCCCCGGAUGUGGAGAAAACCCCGCUGCAAGGGAUGCAUGACGAGGACGCUGGAAGCCGCAGCAGCUGGGACACGGAGAGCAGCAGCAGCAGCAGCAGCAGCAGCAGGGGCAACGACUUCGAUGACGACGGUGCGUUCGAGGGAGACUUCGAGGCCGUAUUCAGCCCUCUCCACAGGGCGAGUGCCACGGCCUCACAAAAAGGUGCCCCAGGGCUGAUGGGCCUCGCGAGCGCGCUCACCGCGCGUUGCUCCUCGCUGCUGGAGCGGAAGCGAGAGGAGGUCGGGCCCGAUGGCGUCGCGACUUCUUUCGCCAUGUUCGCGGAUGCAGCGGGUGCGCAGUUUCCGUACGCAUUCCUUGACGAGGUCAUCGAGCGCAACAUGCGAAUCGAAUCUCUGCUUGUGUUCGACGAGGGCGUGCAUCGCACCUACGCCCACAUGAACCGCAACGCCCCCGCGUUUGGUGAUCUGCCGACAUACUUGUCACGGCUGAGGCGCACAUGCAGCCCCGACUUGGUGUACGUCGGCGUGAACUUGAAAGCCUCGAACCCUCCUGCUGCGGAGGGGGUCGCCCAGGUUCCAGGGGCUACGGAGUUUCCGGCGAGAGCAUCAGCUGCCGGCGCCCCAGCGCACGGGAAGCGAGGGCAGGUGGCGGCGCCUGCGGCCAAGAGCGGUGUCACAGUUGCCUUGCAGAAAGCAGAGGUGAAGCAGCACUUUGGCCACCGCAACGAUGCCCUUCUCACCGGGUUUAGCGACUCCAUCUUGCGCCUCGUGGCGGAGCGGACGAACGGCGGCUCGCUCGCGGUGAUCGAGCGAGCGGCGGAGACCUACCACGUGUCGCGUCUCUCUGCACGCGCUAGUCAAGCAGCCUGGGGGGAGCGUGCCAAGGCACUGAAGGUGCUGGCGGCGCUACGAGAGGGCCAUCAGCUGCACAUCGGUGGCGGCGGCGGCUCACGAGAAGCACUCCAUGCCCCGGGUGCAUUCACCUUCAGCGACUGCCUCAAGCCGCCCACACAGUCCAGCACUACCACAGCCACUCCCAUGCAGAGCUCCUUGCUCCCGAGUACGGCGCGUUCACUGGUGACCGAAGCGAUGACCGCGCCUACGGUGGCGCUGCCUUUCUUCGACGGUGAUGGAAAGGCAGUCUCAGCAACAGGGCGGGACUGGGAUUGCAGCUCACGCAGCAGUGAUCGGCGGCUACAGUGGCUGACGAGCAGCAUCGCGGGCCUCUCAUCGUCGACUAGCGAUGCGGAGACGCCAUCAAAAGGUCGCGCAGCACUGCCGAGCAUACGUCGGCUACUCGCCAAGCCGUCGUUCACUGAGUCUCAAGUGGCAACGCCAAGCACCAGCGGCGCGGAGAGGAGCGUCGGCGAGGCGGUAGACCCCGCGCGUCACUGGGAUUCCGGGAAAGUCCGAGAGAGCGAACCAGCGUGGUUGGCCGCCGAGGGCAAAAACGUGUCGUCUGUCUUUCACCCGCAGCCGUUCAUCUCGAUCCUGAAGCUCUUCUCCAUGUCGUCGAGCAAGCACGGCGACAGCACCACGGCGCCUUCGGCCGGCGAUACAGCAUCUGCUGCUGCCUCUGCCGCCGCUGACAGCCGAACGCAAAAGAGAGCCGGUGACGCACGGCUGCACGCGCACGCGGCACAACCUCAACACACGGCGUCGACCGAAUCCGUGGCUCGGCACCUCCUGCAGGAUCCGGCGAGCCACCCGCUGUCGCCUAUCGCGACGGUGGUGGUUCGCCGCCUUAUCACCUCCUACCGCGUGUGCCGCUUCUUCAUCUCCAGCACGUUUCUUGACAUGAACAACGAGCGCAACGCCAUCACGUUCGACAUCUUUCCGCGGCUGCGGCGGUGGACUGCCGAGGCGGGGCUGAAGGUGACCUUGCUGGAGGUAGACCUGCGCUGGGGCAUUCCUGCCCUUGCGACAAGCCGCAACCUCUCCACCUCCGUCUGCCUUAACGAGGUGUCGCGGUGCAGCCCAUUUUUCCUCGGCAUCAUCGGUGCGCGCUACGGCACGAGCCCGCCGACGCCGCUUCAGCUCGUGGUCGACGAGGACGUGGAUGCAGAGGACUACGCCUGGAUGCGGGAGCUUUCGGACCCGCACGCGUCCGUGACGGAGCUCGAGAUGCGCCAUGCCAUGUACAACACGAAGCGCCGCGUCGGCUGCGACGAGGCCCCAUGGCCGGCGCUCUUCUUCGCUCGUGAUUUGCCACACCUCCUCUCCUCGUUCGGCCCAGCGGACUCGGCAUGCCGCGCCGUCUACGAGGCCGACUCCGCCACCGCUACCGAGGCGAUCGCACGCCUCAAGCAGCGGAUCACAGAGAGCGGAUGCAAACUUGUUCCCUACCAGGCCACGUACAUCAGCCCCGGCAAGGCGCUCCUGCCAGGCAACAGUGGGUGCAGCAGCGGAGGCGCGCCGCUCCUCGCUGGAGGCUCCACCCGUUCUGCCGCCAUGUGCAGCGGCGCGCGCGCGAUGACGGAAGAUGACCUGGGUAGGUGGGCGGUGCGAAGCCGCCACGGCUUCGGUGAUGGCGCUGGCCAAGUCGCUUCUUCUACCAGUGGGAAGACAAGCGAGGCGGACUCGCUCUGGUCGUUUGUAAAGGCCCGCAUCACCGAGUCUGAGGAGCCAAAGAGGUUGACGUCGAUGGACGUAGCGAUCGAUAUGACGGACUUCUCUGACAAGGUGUUUCAUGAGUUGCAGGAGGUCAUCUGCCGCGUAUGCGGCGUGCGUCCGGUGCUCGACGACAACGCAGCGGAGCAGCAGCAGCAUCAGCACGCUGACGCGUGCGUGGCAGACGCUCAUGGGCCAGAGAAAAACGCGGAGGUGCGUAGGCGUUCGAGAAGCGCAAGAUCGGCAAUAGAAGCGGCCAGGGAAGCAACGGGUGCCGAGGCGCCUGACAUGUAUGCGAUGCUCGUGGUGGCACAGAGCGAAUUCGUGCGCAGGCUGAGCGACCUGUACGCUGCGCCGCGUGGACUCCUGGAGCGGCUCUCCAGCUUCGCAUUGAACGGCACCCUUGGCGUCACGGACGAAAGCGACGCGCGGAGCGAUGUCGGGGCGGAGAGGCAGAGGGGUGUCGCCCCGCACGGCACCAAGCGCCAAGAGUACGUGGCACUGACCCCCCAAUCCGAGAGCGCUUACGACAGUUGUCCGGUGCGAGGCUUCUCGCCGCUCCCGCCGCCGCAGCGCGCGCAGCAUGUCAAGGAUAGCUCGAGCAGCGGGGGAGGGACUUCGUGUCAGCCGCUCGUCGGUCGUGCCGCUGCGCCAGGGGACGGCACGAGCUCCAUCCUACUCUUGGAAGGCUGCGACGGGGACGGAAAGUCGUCGGCGCUGGCGGCGUUAACGGCGCUAGUUCUCGAGCCGAUGCGCAAAGCGUCCACCUCGGAAGCAAUGCCGCGCUUUCUAUUUUACUCUACCCAGGCAGAGGACGACUCAGUGCGUGGCCUGCUCCUCUUCCUCGCGAAGUCUCUCCGCGUCUUCUUCCAGCUGUGCGGCGAAGUCUCGGUGCACGACACGGACGCCGUCGAGGAGCUCCUCCUGGUGCUGGACCACGCGUACGCUGCGAUUCAUCGCCACUUCGAGACAUCCAGCGGCGACGUCGGCAGGGCUACCACCGCAAGAGGAGGAAGAGGCACAAAUGACAGUCGCAGCGCCGCCGGUCGCGCAGCGGCGGGAGCGGGUCAGGCAGCUCUUGUGGUGAUGCUGGACGGCCUCGACAAGUCCUCCGAGGCGGCAGAGUUGGUUAGUCUUCUGGGAACCAUUCUGCAUCCGCUGGCCACGCAGCGCAUCCGCUUUCUCGUGUCAGCGUGCCCGCGGUCGUCGUUGGCCCGCGCGCUGCGCACGCGUACCCCACCAGCCCACGUACUCAAAGUGCCCAUUUUGAAUGAAGGUGAACGUGCCGAACUGGUGCGGCUGCACCUCGCAAACUACGGCAAGGUCUUGGAGGAGUCCUUCACGGCAGAUGAGUUGAAGAAUCUGCUCUGCAAGAGCGACGCCGGCCGCCCCAGCUACCUCAUCUCCGCGAUCACGCACCUUCGCCUCUUCAGCACCUUCGACACGCUUCGCGAGGACAUCCGCUUACUCCCGGCGUCGCGCGCCGCCUUGCACGAGCAACUCUUUCAACACUUGCAGGCCCGCUUCGACCCGGCCACGUGCCGUGUCGUCCUCAGCAUUUUGCUGUUGCGCCAACCCGUUGGUGGUGUGCUGGAGUUCAACCUUUACCGCCUUGUGUCGGACGUCGCCGCGGCGUCGCGGCUGGUGACGCUGCUGCGGGGCAUCUGCCUUGACACGCAUCACGGGCGCCUGUUCAUCAAGUCGUCGACCUUCGUUGAUGCCAUCGCGCGCAGGUUUUUCCGCUAUGCGUCCGAUUACCAGUGCGCACAGGAACGCAUUCUUCUGGCUGAGCUGUGCUACCAGCCCAUCGAUGUCUCCCUCGACGAGCAGGAGGUGAAGGUCGGCCUGCGCCAGGUCACCGAGUCGAUCCAGCGCAGCGCAGCGAACCCGCUCACGCGGCGCACAUUUGUGCCGGAGCGCUACGCGCCUCGGGAACUUCUCGGGGUGCUGCAAGGGUCGGUGCAGGCGUGUCGGCUUGAUGUGACGGCCGCAUUGGCGUGCUACCUGCCGUUUCUGGAAUGCCUGCUGGUGAGUCGCCGCAUGCUAUCGCAGCUGAUCGGGUUGCUGUCCUCCGUCGUCAGCGCAACGACGUCCGCGUUGUUCUUGGCACCUGGCGCAUCGGCUACUACGGGGUCAGCGCAGGCAGAUGACGACGCGGACGCAGAGGACACUGGCAGCGUCCACCCACUGGCGAGCUGCCGUGCUCUGGCGCUGCAGUGGCAACACUACCGACGCGACAUUCAGCGCCUCGGCUACGUGCUGGAAAUUUUGCAGAAGAACUACCACGUGCUGCUGCGCCAGCCUGCGCUGCUGCGUCAGUGUGUGUGGAACAUGGUCGGGCCGGCGAUGUGCAUCAGCGCCUACGAUGCGGCCUCGACAGCGCGCCUGCAGCAUGCACUGCAUCAAAUGACCACCACCAAUAAAGGCACCGCCUCUUUCGAAGUGCAGGUGGGCCCGCAAGGUGAACGUCGGUGCUUUGAGGAUGCCGCGCUGCACAGCCCUGCAGUGCGUUCCCCCAAUAUGCCCACCUUCUCCGCUCUCUCCACGAUGUGGGUUCACUGGCUGAAUGCGCGGCAGCACGGCGGCGAAGGUCGCGUGAUGCUCGCGACUGCCUCCCCGCAGUCGAUACGGUGCAUGGCGAUGAGCCCGGAUGGGACGGAGGUGGCUGUUGGCGGCGAGGAUGGGGUUCUGCGCCGCAUGUCAGCAGACGAGGACGAGCAACAGCAGCUGCAGCAGUCACAACUGGUACCGACGGAGACGGAAAGCGCAGGCGGUGCAGGCGUUGUGGGACGGCGUCGUGUGGCAUCGACGCUGCGGCAUGAGUCCGCCGUCACCUCUCUGCUGUACGUGACCCCUCGCACUGCUGGCGGUCCAACAGCAGGCGUCAACGCCACAGGUGCAUCGGCUACCCUGGUCGCGUCUACUGGGGUGGCGCAGCUACUCGUUUCGGGGUGUGCUCGCGGCCUCUUGUACGUGUGGAGCCUUGAAGACAACUCUCUGCUGCAACGCGGCACUGGCCACCUUCGAGCCAUCAGCGGGCUUGUGUGCCAUCCGCUGGAACCGUUAGUGCUGUGCUCUUGCAGCCACGACUCGUUCAUCAUGCUCUGGGGCAUCGGCAGUGCAGAGGCCACGUCGAGGCUGUGUAGCGAGAUCCAAGCCGCGUUGGCCCUGCGCAUGCCCAAGCACCCGGCCGGCUCUGCAGAGCGGCUGCAGCGACGGAUGAGAGAGAAGGUCAACGACGAGCUGUGCGUUGGCGGUGAUGACGCUGGAUCAGCCGUGGUGCGGCGGGGCACACCUGGGUCGAGCACCGGCCUCCGCAGCAGGCAGACGCCGUUUCAGGCAUCGCUUAUGCCAUUCCACACGGAGCGGCAGCACCACACCCCUGUCGCAGCUGUUGCCUUCCAUCGCUCUGGCGACAUCUUCGCCAGCGGCAGCUGGGACGGCGUUCUUGUGCUGCACAACACCCGUGAACUACGCACACCAUCGCCAGUGACUACGCCAGAGAUGAAGGCCCCAUGUGAGCCGCCGAAUCAGACCCGCAUCACGAGUCGGCGGUCACACCGCACCAAGGUGGCCUGGCGCACCCGAUGCGGUCCAGAGCGUCGGCAGGUCGCGUUUCAGUCGACGGAGUUUGCGCUGGGCUCAUCGGUGCGCGCGCUUUCUUUUUCGAACUCGCUCGCUGUCACCUGCGUUGUUGGCUGCCACAACGGCACGGUGGUUGUGGUGGACCACGCCUCUGCUGCGGUGGUGGCGCGGUGGACAUCGCUGCACUCCGCGCCUAUCACGCGGCUCGCCGUGUCGUUGGACGGUCGGUGCAUGGCCUCGGCCGACGAGCACGGUGUUGUGCGCUUGACGCACACCGGCAUCACUGGAUCGGUCUUUGCCACCUUCAACGGUCACCAUGGCGCUGUCACCGGCUUGUGCUUCCGUCCACCGCGCGCAGGCCAAGGCGAGGACGUCGCUGGUGGCGCCGAUGCCCUGCAAGCGCCUCCAGCGUUGCUGCUCACCGCUGGCGAGGAUCGUACGUUGCAGGCAUGGCGAGUGGACAGCAGCGGCAGCGGCAGCGGCGGCUUCAAGACGCAGACAGCCAUGUCGAGGCGCUGUCUGAUCGCCGCGCACUGCACGGCAGUGACGGCGGUGGCGUCGUCACGCGACGGCCAACUGAUCGUCACCGGCUCCGCAGACGGAACCGCGAUUGUGUUUCGAGUGCCAGAGAGGAGUGAGGAGGAUGACGACAUCGCCUGCAGGGAGGCACGUGGGGCGGCAACUGGUGGGGACUGUACGGGCACCUCCGCAUGGCAUCGACCGAAAGCGGUGGGAAAGCAAGCGAGCCCGGGCUCCUCGACUGCGGCGGGCAACAUGCAGGCAACGCGUCCGCUGAAGCCGGCCUUCACGCUGAGGCACGACGACUGCCGUAUUACGUGCAUCUCUCUAGCGCUGCGCGACACUCGAAUCGUUGUUGGUGUGGUAUUCGGUCUUGUGUACGUGUGGUCGUCGUCUCCAGGGUUGAACCAGGUCGAGGGGCGCCUGCUGCUUCGCGUUCGCGUGCCGGAGCAUGGCUUGUACCCCGUCAUCUCGCUGAGCAUGGUGGAGCGGUGUAGUGCGGCCGCGAUGGACGGCAAUCGAGGGCAAGCCGAGGCCCGCAAGGACAGAAUCGCCCAGCAAACCCGUGGCGCAGAGGCGACGUUGCCGCUCGCGAACCCGCUGCAGCCAGCAUACACGCACACACGCAGCAGCGAUGCCGCCGGCGCCAUCGUCGCGUCGCCUCCGACGGAGAAAGAGGAUGAGAGCAGCACACUCGUGACAGCCGUGUGCGCCAACGGCGACGUGGCCAUCUUCAAGCUGCUUGGAGACGCUGCCUCACUCGUUAUGGCAGCUGACCGGGCACGCCGUCGACAGCGCCAGCAACGUCACCAGAUCCGUGCCAGCUACCGCGCCACUGGCCUUGUCGAUGGCAUCUUCCCGCGAAGCAACAGUGCAAGCUACCCAAGCAGCGUGGACACGUUGGAGCGCUCCACGGAGGACGUUGGCGUAGCGGUGGGAACGCCGGCAAGAAAGAGCUUCACCUGGGACGAGCGCGUGGAGAGCGGAGGUACGGUUGGUGGGGUAGCACCCCGUGCAGGCAGCGCUGCCACCGCCUCCAACUCAACCUCACAGGUGGGACGGUCGCGGCCCAUGCCACCGAUAACUGACUGCGCUGCGCGUGGCCAGGCUGGUGCCCCCGUCGCUGCGAGUGCGACGCCCGCACCGCAGGCAGUGACCUUCGUCGAGGCUCCGCGGCGUCGUCGACAGGCACUCGAUCGGCGCGCCCGAAAACUGCAAUGCCUGCUGUCUCGCUGUCGUGCCACAGAGGUUGAGCUGUGCAACAGCUUCCAGCUGCACUUGCAUCGGCAUCAACUGCACUGGGCAAAUGGGGCGGAAGCAGAGGAAAUUACGAGCGUGGUGUGGCUCAGCGCGCAGCACCCGGAGCUCGCCCUCUCGGGCGACGUGGCGGAUGCGUCUGCUGCAGUGUGGGCAGAUGCGCUCGAUGGAGACCACGGCAGGCUUGCCCUCGUUGUGGCACAGCGACAGCUAUUCCUGCUCUGCAGCACCGGGCAUGAGAGCGCCUUGAGCGGGUGUCUUACGGUGCACGUACCGUCGCGCCUCCCUGACAGUGCCUCGGUGCUGACAAGUGCCACUGGAACAAUGCUGGAAGAAGGAAUGGCUGUUGGGGCGCCAGAGUGGGGCACCCGCGGUGAUGCAACAAACGUAGAGGACGGCGUAGUCCCUCCAGAAGCCGUAGAGGCCGCGGCGACAGAGGAGUUUGAGGUGGACCUGAACUGCCUCCUGCGCGACGACGAGUACUUCACAUCAUCCAGCUCAGCUGUCGCAGUUGCGCCACCGGCACCAUCAGCGGCGACGGCAGCGGCGCUGCGCUGGUUUGCGGUCGCCGUCACCACCAGUCACGGCGAAGUUCUCCUCCUUCGCGUGCAAGUGCCGCAUGCUCAUAAAAAACACAGCGGCACUCUGUGCGUACCGACAACGCCGCUCACUGGCUCUGGAGCGAGGCCGCCAACGGCCGCCUCGCACCACCUGAGCACCAACAUUCUUCCCAGGACUAGCAUUACACUCUGUCGACGACUGAGCUUCAUCGGCUCCAUCGCCAACCAGGCAGCCGCAAUAGAGGGGGACGGAGUCGACGCCGGGGCCAGCGGUGCCGCACUUCACCGCAUUACGGCCGCGCCUCGUGCAACAAGCGUUGCGCUAUGCACGCUACCGCCCGAGCUGGGAACGUCGCUUGACGCCAGCGCUGCGCCACUUCCGUCGGACGCGGCUGCAACGGUAAUGGAGAGAGUGGCGCUGUUCGCAGGCUGCACUGACGGCUCGACACGGGUGUGGCUAACGGCGACGCUCCCUCCAGCACCGCAUUCUCGCCGCGCGUCUCCCGUUGGUAUCGAGAUGGACGAAACCCCUGCGCAAUCGCGCAUUGGUGGCGCCCGUGACGCCUUUAUCGGCUGCUUUUACUGUACCAGCAGCGUCACUGUUCUCUCCGGUUUGCUGAACUGCAGGGCGCCGCGCGCCAGUGGUCGCGGAGUAUCAGCACUGGUACCAUCGUCGCGGUGGAUUGUGGGUGAUACCCUUGGCAACGUGUAUCAGCUCCAGCUGGAGCGAGACCCCCCUGGUGGUGUGGCCGCUCUGCUGGGCAACUCACGUGACAUGCUGACCGCGGCGGGUGGCGGCACGAGGAGCGGCAACGCAGAGGCGCGAAUGACCCGGGCCGCGGCAGAAAACAUCCAUGCGGAGCCGUGGGCUUGGUCGCUUCAGCGGUUGAUCACGAUGAUGAACAGCGCCCCACCUGCUUCGGUGGUGGGAGCGAUGCAGACGUCCGCUGUCAGCGAUAGUGCUGAUGAGGGUUGUCUGGACGGUGGCCGCACGGCGGCGAGCGAGGCUGUCGGCACCCUGACGUGGCCCGGAUGGUCGUCGCACUCGCCGGAGGAUUGGUUGGCGCCGGUGGAUGUUUCGUCAGCGCUGCCGACGCUGCUGAGGCGCGCUGCGUCAGCGACCGGCGCCAGAGCGGAUGCAGCCUCCGAAUGGCGAAGCACAAAUGACAUGCCGCGGACGGCAAUGCUGUCUCCCUCCGUCGGCGCUGAGGAUCGAACGCUGCGGGCCGGCGACGCAAGUCCUCAGCCUUCGACCGCCGCCCCGUUUUGCUCAAGUCUUGUUAGCUUUCCGCCCGUGCAGUGGUCGUGUCUCCCUGAUCUGCCUCAGGUGCAGCGGGUAAGUGCUGCUGCCGUUUCCAGCGCAACAGGCGUUGCCGCCGAGGAUGUGACUGCGCGCGGUUCUGACGGGCCUGCUCACUUGGCAUGGCUAGGCGGCAUCGGACUCUCCUCUCCUCCCACAGCGCUGCCGUCUUUUGCGACCGGACCGCGCGCAAGCCGGAGCGUGUUGGAGCGCCAAGCUGCUGAUGACGACGGAGGAGAGUUCGCGGCGGCGAAGAGUUUUCAGGUGCCACUGACGAGUCUCUUGACACUGUAUGGUUCGCAGGAGGCGGGCAUGGACAGCGGCACUCCAGAGAGCUUGAGUUGUAAGACGGCUGCGGUGAAGCUGCCAAGACGCGGGAAAACGAAUCCCAUUGUGCAUUUUGAGGUGCCAGCCCUGCCACCGCCCAACCAGCUGCUGACGCAAGACGGCCACCAGCACCACCUCAUCAACGCCGACGACGCCGACGAGGAAGACUACUUUGCCGUCCUGUACAAGGAAAGGCCACCAAUGUUGCAGUCUCCGUGCGCCGGUGGCACAGAGGCAAGGCGUGCGUGGCUACUUCACCAGCAAGAGGUACUGAAGGAGGCGAUGCGCGUGCAGCGGUACAACAAGCUGGCACGACGGGCGCUGGAGGCGUACCAGCGGCGCACGGCUACCGCGAUGGGGCUCUGA